CCAACACAGUAUGGACGGCAGCAUCGAAGAGGAGGCGGCGGCGGCCAGGCCAGGCCAAGCAAGAGGGCGCGUGGGACGGCGGCGUCUGGCCUGACAGCGUUUGCGCUCCGCCUGGCGAAGCACCUCGCCGGCGCUGAUAAGGGCGCCGGCGUCGUCGGCGGUGGCGGCCAAAACAUCGUCUUCUCGCCGCUGUCCAUCUAUGCCGCGCUAGCCCUACUGGCGGCCGGGGCACGUGGCACCACCCUGGACGAGGUGCUGGCCACGCUCGGCGCGACGUCGCGCGACGAGAUCGCCGAGUUCGUCAGUGCCGUGGUGGAGCGCGCCCUCGCCGACCACUCCGAGACCGGUAGUGCGCCGCGUGUCGCGUUCGCGUGCGCGCUCUGGCACGAGAAGAUGAUGGCGCUGAAGCCGGCUUACAGAGCUGCCGCCGUUCAAUCCUACAAGGCCGAGACGCACGCCGCUGAUUUCGUGAACAAGCCAGAGAAGGCAAGAGAGAAAAUCAACAGAUGGGUUUCGAAAGCCACGAAGGGUCUCAUCACCUCAAUCCUUCCUCAAGGUUCCGUAAGCUCUGAUACUGCCCUAGUGCUUGCCAACGCCAUCUACUUCAAGGGCAAGUGGUCCGUGCCCUUCCCCAAGAAGGACACCGAGAUCAGACGCUUCCAGCGGCUCGACGGCAGCCACGUGCUCACGCCGUUCAUGCGCAGCCGGAAGGAUCAUGCCGUGGCAGUGUUCGACGGGUUCAAGGUGCUCAAGCUAGCCUACGAGACACACCGGCGGAAAGCAGACAGACAUCUGAGCGGUCGUAAUUCUAAGCAACAAGACGGCCACAACUCUGACGAGCACCCUCGGUUCUCGAUGUGCGUCUUCCUCCCGGACGCGCACGACGGCCUGCAGAACCUCAUGGACAUGGUGGCCUCCCACCCUAGCUUCCUGUGGGACCACAUGCCGAGGCGACGCGUCAAGGUUGGCGAGUUGCGACUGCCCAAGUUCAAGCUCUCCUUCUCCAGCAGAAUCAAUGGCGUUCUAGAGGACAUGGGGAUCAAGGCCGCCUUUGGCACUGCCGACCUGUCUGAGAUGCUGGAGCAGCGCGAGAAUGGCCUGGUAUUGGAGCAUGUUUUCCACAAGGCGGUCAUCGAGGUGAACGAGGAAGGGACAGAAGCAGCGGCCUCUACUGCUUGCGUGAUGAAAAAGCUCUGUCGUUCUAGUAGGCUGCCUGUGAAUUUUGUCGCUGACCAUCCGUUUGUGUUCUUUGUGGUGGAGGAGGUGUCUCGUGUCAUCGUCUUCAUGGGACAUGUUCUCGACCCGACGAAAUCAGAGCAUGAAAAAUAAAAUCUCAGUGUGAUUUUAUCCUAUACCUAAGUGCUAAUCUUAAGUUCAAUGGUUCCUGACGGUGAGAAAACCAGCAGGUCCGAAAACAAAACAAGUCUUUUACGUCCGUUGCUCUCGGUUUUAUCUUUAGUUAUUGCAUAAUUUAGUUAGGGCACUCACAAUGCAGACUCUAUCAUAGAGUCUAAAGUUAUU